AUGGCCUCUGCAAUCUCAAACUGGUGUCUGUAUUCUCAACAAAUUACUCACCGGAACCACAGCUCGCUGUGGACCCGCUCCCGCCAGGUUCAGGUGGCCCCGCUGCUGGCACAGGCAGAGGAGAAUGCGAGACUCGGUCGUCCCCCAGCAGAAGCAGUCGUCAUCAACAUGGGUGACAUUCUCGCAGAUGACCCAGCGCUCCUAAACGCCAUCAAGCCCAAGAAACACGAGACCCUCUUUGGUCCUUCGCUCGGGUCGAUCAAUCCAGGCCCAGCAUGGACUUUGUUUGGCAAGCAAGACGCACCAAAGGAUGAGCUCACACAGGAGACUGUAAAGGCCUGGAUUGCCAAGAGCAAGGAGCCUUCGCAACCCACGACAACGUUGCAGGCCCUUGUUAACCUCAAACGCCCGUCAAUUCGCCUUUUGCCCCUUGAUCAUGGAGAUACCCCAGAGGAUGCUCCUGCGACGCAGCAUGGGCUCGAGUUUGAAUACGACCUGGACGCGGCCAAGGGGAGAAUGAUCCUCCAAGUCAUCUCACCCAACAAGGACACUCCACCCAUUCUUAUCUAUGACACCAUAGUCGAGGGCGGUUUCGCCAAGCAGCUCAAGGUCGAAGAUGGUGCAGUCUUUGAGCUCGCCAAGCUCGAGGACCACAAGUCAGCUCCAGCCACGGUACAGACACCCGUCGCAGAGCCAUCGGCGUCUACUCCUGGAAAUGCACCACCGGGCCCUUCAAAGAAGCGUUUCUCUGCGUUCAACUUUCGCAAAAAGUCUCGAACCUCUGGUCCCGCACUUCCUGUAGUGGACGCACAGACACCCGCUGCUCCAGCUGUCCCUGUUGAAGGACAGACGGGCAAAGUCGAAACACCCAGCGAGGAAGACGAAGGUGGAGUGCGCGUUCGCAUUCGCAUUGAAGCAUUGGAUGAGGACGAGAAGCCACUUGCAUCUCCGAAUGCACAGACGACCUAUCUCCAUAUCGUCCGCAUUGGUGCUCCCCCAGAGCCAGCGGCUGAAGGCGAGGCACCAGUAGAGGAUACGAGGCAAUGGAUGGUCAAGGUUGUCAAGCGCGAAGCGACGAUUGGUCUUCACACCUUUCACUUGCACGAGAUUUAUGGCCUCGCCACUGGAUCCAACGGUAGCAAUGCCGCUCCCUCUGCACCUAGUCAUACCUAUCCACCAGGCGAAGAAGAGGAGUCGCAUGCCCAAGCGUACGAUUUCGCCGGUACGGAGUGUGUCCUGUGUCUUUCCGAGCCACGAGAAGUCGUGUUGCUCCCGUGCAGACACUUGGUGGCGUGCAAAGAUUGUGCGAUGAACAUGAUCGAGUUUGGUGCCGGUGGAACGCUCACGCAUGCAGCGGAAGAAACUGCAACGACUCCCGCUGCUGUGCCUACUCCAGCCGCGAAUACUACGCCCGGGGCCAAUGUCGACUUGGAGGCCGGAAAUGCCGUUCCACCGCCUCCUCCACCCGUCGCAGCUCCUCGUCGCAAGAGAAAGGCAAAGGGCUGGUUCUGCCCCGUUUGCCGUCAACCCUAUACGUCUAUGCUCCGCAUCACCACGACGCCUCCGGAGACGAAGAAGCUCACGUCCGAGUCGAAUGUCGAUCUCGUGACGGUACCCAACGCGCCUGCCCCUCCACCACCGGCUGUGAUUGCUGGAGAGACCAAUGCCAAUACCGCGGCACAUGAAGCGAGGACCUCGUUGAGCAAGCCCCCUGCAACGACGAAUACAGAAGGCACUGCCAACGAGCCGCGUUCAUCGACUAGUGCCGCCCCGGCUGCGGAUCCUUUGGGAGCUACGACGAAUGGAGGACAAUGGAAGCGGGCAUAUAUUGACUACAAAGGCCUCAAAAAGCGCAUCACGGCCAUCAAGGAAGAGCGCGCCGCGCAGCGCCGAACCCCGCGAUUAGGGGGAGGGACCACUGGAGGAAGUGUAGGCGGUGAGAGCGUUGGCGACCGGUUCAGAGCGAGUUCAGUCUUUACGCCAACGACGCCUGCGCGCUCGACCUGGUUGAGGAGCCGAUCCGACUAUGCGACGGGCACGACAAAGGCGACGCAGUCCCCAGACAAAAGCCCUCCACAGCCAUCUCCUCCACAAGCUCAAGUUCGUGCAAGUGCAGGGCAGACACCUCGAACACUGCAGUUACGUACACCGGUGAUCCAAGAGGAAGCUACGAGCUCGGCACGAUCGAAAAGGGUCAGCGACGAAGGGCAAACUCCAAAAGGCAUAAACACUCGGGAUACCAAAUCCGGGAUGUAUGGAUCGUUUGGCGUUACACCGCCGCUUGAACGAGUUGAGGACAUGAAUAGUCCACCGGAAAUGGUCCUCCCACCCCCUAUCAAGUCGAUUAGUAACCUUGAUAUCAAUGAAACGCUUCAACCUGCUACGUUGGACGCACCCCGGAUGACGCGCCGAAGGGGAGUCACCAUCAGCUCAUCGCCUGAACAAGUGCUCGGUAACACUGAAGGAGCAUCGCCCAUGUCCCCAAACACCAAAUCUUCGAAUCGGGAUAGCCCGAUCGCACUACGUCGCCCGCGACUCUUCAAGUCGCUCAGUGUGAAUCGUUUGAAUACUAGUCCUCAGCACGCCGCGCGGCCUCCUGCUACAUCCUUGGCAGAGCUGCUAACCGAGAUGAGCCCGCUCGAACAACAAUUUGUUGGUGCAUUGGACAAGGAGCUCCUCAAAGUAGAAACGUUUUAUCGCGACCGCGAACGGGAAGCACUCGUUCGAAGUGCGCUUAUCAAGGACCAAUUGGAAGAACUAAAGGACCAUCGCAAAAUAUUUCACGCGUAUGAGGACCAACAGGUGAUCACCUUUCCAAAAGCCCUCGGAAAGCUCGCUGCGCAGCUUUCUCCUCCACAAUUCCUAAAACCCGCUCCAAAGGAUGUGCUCGGUGCUGGUGAUCAUAAUCCUUUGGCCCCUUCUUCUAGCCGUCAACCUGGAAUUAGUCGUUCGGGAUCGCCCAAUCCAAAUCAUCUGGAUCCGGAUGAGUACCAUAAUGCAAAGAAAAAGUUGAAAAAGGCUGUUCUCGAAUUUUAUCGGGGGAUCGAAUAUCUCCACAAUUACCGUAUUCUUAACCUGACUGGGUUCAGGAAAGCCCUCAAGAAGUUUGAAAAGGCGACCCAGAUACCGAUUUCUCAACUUUAUCACUCAGAGAAGAUUGAACCAUCAAUCCUCUCCCAUGAUACGCCCGUCGAUCGAAUGCUGGAAGAGGUGGAAAAUCUUUAUGCCGCUCGCUUUGAGGGUGGGGAUCGAAAGAAGGCUCGUCUACGACUUCGAGCUAGCUUGCAACCAAGAAGCCAUCACUACAGCACCUUUCGAACUGGACUUUUCAUUGGCCUCUCAAUUCCUCCUCUUAUAUCGGGGAUAUAUGAGUCUUUUCAGCCAUCGACUCGAGCUGCAGUUCCAGCAUGGCCAGCAUUGUUACAAAUCUAUCUCGCCUUCUUCGUACCAGUCGUAUUCGGACUGUUGGUCUCCCUCAACAUUAUCGUAUGGGCCCACGUUCGAAUCAAUUACAUUUUCAUCUUUGAGCUUGAUGUUCGGACGGUGGUAGACAGUCGCGAAUAUGCCGAAUUGCCAGCUUUCCUACUUUUGACGCUUACUUAUGCGUUCUGGCUCUCAUUCUCUGGGCUGCCAAUGGUGGUCCAUCACACCGUAUGGCCCCUGGCCUGGCUUCUCCUCACCAUUUGCAUCCUGGCCAACCCGAUUCCAAUAUUUUACCCGUACUCACGGUCAUGGAUCCUGCGCAAGAGCGGUGGUCUCCUGCUCAGUGGUACUAGACGUGUAGAGUUCCAAGAUUUCUUCCUGGGCGAUCAAUAUUGUAGCAUGGUGUACACCCUUACGAGCUUAUACUGGAUGGGUUGUUUGUAUGGCUCUCAUUGGACACUCCCUUGGGGUCAAUGCGAACUUCCGUCUUGGGGUGUUCCAUGGCUACUCGCAACGCUUCCAUCUUGGAUUCGAUUGGUGCAAUGUGUUCGGCGUUAUUUCGACUCGUGGCAAUACCUGCAUCUUGUCAAUGGCGGAAAGUAUUCUUCAAGUAUCAUUUACUACGCCUUGUACUACCACUGGCGCCAUCAAGGUAGCCCGAGGAGCCGCAGCUUUAUUCCAUUUGUUCUCUUUGCGUGCAUUACAUCCAUCUAUUCUACGUCAUGGGACUUUCUGAUGGACUGGUCGCUGUUCCAAUCAGGCGCACGAUAUCGCUUCCUGCGAAAGAAUCUCUUGUAUUCUCAAAUAUGGACUUACUAUUUUGCAAUGGUGACCAAUGUUCUCAUUCGCUUUGGAUGGUUCAUCUACCUUCCCGUCCCGGGUCCACAUCCCAACGUACGCGCUGGUAUUCUCUCCAUUCUGGAAGCGCUCCGUCGAUUCCAAUGGAAUUUUUUCCGUCUGGAGAACGAACAGCUGGGUAACACGGAUCAAUAUCGAGUUACAAAGGAUGUGCCCUUGCCGUACUCGAUCAAUCCGGCAGAGCUCUCCGACGACGGUGGGGACGAGGAUGAUCCAGUCAGCCCACGCUCUUCACAUCGGAGUCCUCUUCGCUUUGGCCAAAACCGCACACCGAAACCGUUCACCUCACGACCAAGGGCAAACACAUAA